AGCUCUGUUCAUUUAAUAAUUUUCGAUGUAAUAACUUUUACCAAAAGCAUGAUUUUCUUAAACAAAUGCUGCUAUAUACACCGCAUGUGUUUGGUCACAAGCGUCUAUGACGUUGGUGAUUUUAUACUCGUGGAACUCAUGCGCGCGACUCGAGGGGCCUCUCGAAAUGACUGGGUCACGAGAAGUCCCACACCAGCGCGCACUCCGUGCAUUUCACGGCCACGGCGCAGCAGCACGGGGAUUCACGUGGGGUGGGCUGGCAAAAACCCACAGCAAACCCACAGCUGUGCGGAAAUGACACAGUACCGUCACGUCACGCGAGAGGGCACUGACUAGAGAAAAAAGCAGCGAAGAGAAACACGGACAACAGUUACCCGUGGACAAAUCCACUGGAUUUAAAUACGCGACUAUGGCCGAUGCCUCGUAACCUAUUGCACAGGGCUGCCCGGCGUCGCAAAGAAGUUAAAGUCGAGAAAGAUGCAGAGGACGUUAUUGAAAACACAGAGGGAAAGAUGGAGAGUUUCUUUAAGAGCAUUACAAAACGAGCAUCUACAGGUUCUGACGUGGAAAGGCCAAACAGUGGGAAGAGGAUCAAGGUGACAACACCGGCCGGAGAAAACCUCCUUGACAGCAGUUCAGAUGACGGAAGCAGGUCAUGCUCAUACGUCCACAGAUCUUCUCCAGAGCAGAUUUCCAUCUCUUCAUACAGAAAACCACUCUACAGCAUCACACAUCGUAUCUCUGAGCGUAAAGCUGCAUCCAGUCUGGACCAGAGUGAAGCCCACAAUGGGGUGAGAGCAAGCCAGAAUGGUGUCCACUUCCAAAAACUAGGCAACUCUAGAAAGCAUCACAUGUUUAAGGCUUCCCCAACUGUAGGGGUCACAGGAUCUCCUGCUUCCUUGGAUUCUCACCUCUACCCACUCAUUGAGAAGAUGUUUUUCCUCCUUAACACACUGAAUUCCAGCAUGACCCAGCUACACAGUAAGGUGGACUUACUUUCGCUGGAAGUGACGCGAAUAAAAAAACAAAUGAAGCCCUCUGAGAUGGUCAUGGAAUUUCAGCCUCCUCCUGAAUACCAGCUGACCAGUGAGGAACUCGCCCAACUGAUGGAGCAAACGUCCACCGCGGGUGAGCUUGGCUGCAGGCUUCUCGUUCAACUGUUCCCAGAACUUUUCACAACAAAGGAAUGUGCGCACGGCUGCAGCACAUGCAGCCUCACAAGUAAACGGACAUUAGAUUCAUUGCAUCUUCAGCUAAUACGCAACUAUGUGGAGGCCUGCUACCCGCUAGUGAAAAAUGAAAACGUCUGGCAGACAGAAUGCUUGCUGCAGAUCAAUGACUUCUUGAAUCGUUACUGGGCUCAGAAGGACAUGGAGAGUGGUCAGGUGUGUGACAAACAGGCUCCGAUGGUUGUCGGGUUUGACAUAGAACCAAAUCACACUUGCCAUUUCAUUAGCGAAGAUGCCCAAGAUGAAACUCUUUCCCUCAACUCUGGAGAGAACAACGAUGUUCAUUCUAACAAUGUCAGCUCGGAUGUAGUGCUGGACUCCCAUGAGGCUGCUGGUGAUGACUCUGAAGACUUAACGUCCCCGGAGGAGCUUGUCAUUUUUUUGUUGAACAGACUCUUCCCGGAGGUGUUUGAGGAGGGCAAGUUGCCAGAGGGCCACAACAGCAUUGGACAGUUAAUCACUGACUCAGACAGACUAGAAAUUCUGCGAAAAUACAUGGAGGCCAAUUUCCCUGAUAUUCCAGAGGACACCUGGUUGCAGUUGUGUGUGCAACGAAUGGAGGAAGCACUGGAGAACGCUUCAACCAGUGGGAACGGAGAGAUGUACAACACUACCCGUCUACCUGACAACAUCUCUAUUGUUAAAAUCAGUGACCUGUGUGAUUACGAGAAACCAAAUCGCAGGUCUAAGAAAUCAUGGCUAGAGCCUAUGGAUUUUGACAAACUAGAGAUUCCUCUUCCGAACUUUGAUGUUCCUCAGGAGUAUUUACUUACUAAGGAACAGCUAAAGAAUAACUACGAAUGCAGUCUGUCAAUUGGGAACUUUGCAUCUCGUCUCCUGGUUCUCAUGUUCCCUGAGCUCUUCACUAACGAGAACGCACGUAAAUAUUACAACUGCAGCGGAUCUCUAGGCAAGAAACAGCUAGAUCCUUUACGAAUAAGUCUCAUCCGACAUUAUGUACAACUGCUCUACCCACAAGCUAAGAACGACCGCGUAUGGACCCUUGAGUUUGUCGGCAAACUUGAUGAACGAUGUAGACGACGAGAUACCGACCAACGACGUUCAUAUCAACAACAGCGGAAAGCCUGUUCACCUGAUCAAGAGCCUGACCCGAAUGACUCCCUGUUAUCUGCUGGCCAAAUCAAUGCUCUUACUUCUGAUCGCUUGAAAGAGGACUUUGAAGUCCUGUCUUCACCCCUGGAGAAAAGCAGCAAAGAUUUCUGCAAGAUUCCUCUCGAGGACCUCUCGGUACCCACCCCAGACUUCCCAGUGCCUUCUGAAUACCUGCUUACGGAUGCUGAAGUGAGGGAGAUUGUCCAACAGAGUCUGUCUGUGGGAAAUUUUGCUGCUCGCCUUCUCGUCCGCCUCUUCCCCGAGCUUUUCACACAGGAAAAUUUGCGGCUGCAGUAUAACCACUCUGGGGCCUGCAACAAGAAGCAGCUGGACCCCAUGCGCCUUCGACUUAUUCGUCAUUACGUGGAAGCCGUCUAUCCUGUUGACAAGAUGGAGGAGGUGUGGCACUAUGAAUGUGUGCCAAGCAUCGACGAGCGCUGUAGACGGCCCAAUCGCAAGAAAUGUGACAUUCUAAAGAAGGCAAAGAGAUCAAACAACACUGUGACUUACUCUUGAACAAUGUUCCUGCAAACUGCAGAUCUGUUUUCCUAUUUUACACAACAUACCUGUUAUUUGCACAAGCAGAUUUUAACCUAUCCUUGUUUAAGGUCCGGUUUGGCUGGUUAAAUUCAAAUGUUGGCCUUUAAAUGGGACAGAUUAGUAGGUGACAAAAAAGUUUGUGACUGAAGCCACUAUCACCUGAUAGUUAUUAGUGUUACUAUUUAUAUGCCAAAAUAGAGUGUUGCAGGAAUGACGUCAGAACACGGAAUGAAUGAUGUUUAGUGUUCCCUAAUGUAAAAUAAGGUCUCUGGUAAAUAUAACUCCAGAACUCCCUAGAGGUUCUUAUCUGUAAUGUAUGAUUUAUAAAAUACUCAAAACAGUACAGGUUUUUAAAACCCAGGUUCAUUCUGAAAACGUACCUCUAUGUACAUUUCUGGAGAGUGCCAAAUACGUCCCAGGAGCUGCGUUUUUUGCAGCUUUUUUUUAAUCCACCAGAGGCCACUGUGUACACUUUUUGAAAUCUCAAAUUUCUCUUGCACCUGUUGUCCUCGCGUAAAUGCGUAAGGCCGCUGUCAACUGACUGUUUGACUGGUUGAAUGACUGACUGACCGAUCAACUGACCCACUCUCCUUCUUCCCUAAACACUACCAAUAGUAAUUACAAAAGCACUUAUUGACCCAUCAACCCCCUUCCCUAAUCCCAACCGAGUUUAAAAAGCAAUCCAAAAAAAGAAAUCCCUUGCCUAAUAUUAAUCACGUUUUCAGAUUUUAUCACAUUCUCACCCUGUUAUUUACUUGUUUAUUUUAUUUUUUGAAUUCUGUUUUUGUCUGACUUUGUCCUGCUUUCUGGAAUUGUUUUUCACCGGACUCAAACUCUCAUCAAUCAAGUCCCCAACGUAUAUGGCGAGCUAACUGGACAAACGUAAAAGUGUCCAUACGGAAGUAAGCAGUCAGCUGUAGGCGAGAAAAGGAUAUAACCGCCCCAUAUUGUUCGUUUUAAAGAUGAAAUGCAGCCAUACAUAUUUCUGGCUACGUAAUUCGUGAUCUCCAGAAACGUAUACAGGCCUCUGUUUUCAGAAUGAGCCUAUGUUUGGAUUUCAAUUUGGAUAUAUCCAAUCUAGAUUGCAGAGAAAAAGCAAAUCAUAUUGUCUUUACCUCAAUUUUUUUUCCUAAAUUGAAAAACACCCCGAGGCAAAUAUAUGUAGGGAAUCAAUUGUGAAUUAUUCUUCCAGGUUCUAACAUAAUUCUUUCACUACUCUAUAUUAUUGAUGUUAUUCUAAUGUCUAAUUAAUAGAUAAGCUAAAGGUAGCCUUAAUCAAUUAAAAUGUAAACUUUUAGUUCUUUAAAAAAUAGGUCACUUUAGAUAGGGGUGAGGGCAGAGAAGAUAUAUAUAAAUAUAUAUUUUUUGUUUGUUUGUUUUAAGUUGUAGCAAUGUUGCAUCACUGGCUUUUCUAAUUAUCAGCAUAUUGAAGUGUGUCCUGCCUUACAGGAAGUCGAUCUUAAUUAUAUGUACUAAACUAUAGCACCAGGUUAAACGUUAUAUAUUUUUAAAUAAAAAUAUCACUUCCUAGCCGA